CUGGUCAGUAGUCAGUUGACAUCACACAGUGAUGGUCGUCCACGGCAAAUUCAGUGACUUUGUGCGGAAAAUAUCUAGAUCUAGCAUUAGACGCUGCAAUAUGUGCAAUAGUAAACAUGUGAAAAAUGACGCAAAAAAAUAUGUGACGGAUGAAAUAAAAUGUGUGAGAUUCGAUGAAAAUGGGAAAAAAUGUGUUCGAUUCGAUGAAAACGCGAAUAAAACGAAUGAAAAUGGCAGACAAGAAGUGUGCAUGGCGCGCGCUCUAUACGACAACAUCGCGGAGUCGCCGGACGAGCUGGCGUUCCGGCGCGGCGACCUGCUCACAGUCCUCGAGCAGAACACCGGCGGCAGCGAGGGCUGGUGGCUGUGCUCGCUGAGGGGCAGACAGGGAAUAUGUCCGGGCAACCGUCUGCGGAUAGUGGCGGGUGUGUUCGACGCCAGCGCGCUGCGGCGGCGGGCGCGCACGCCUGCGCCCGUCGCGCACCAGCCCAUGCCCGCGCAACAGUCACCAGCUUUUACCAAAAUCGAAGAAUGUUCACACUACGACGUGCCGCGCGCGCCGAUGCCGGUGCAGCGUAUAGGCACGUACGACUGCCCAAAGCCAGCCGCGGAUUGGUACGAUGCGCCGCGAGCUCCGAGGCCAGCAAGCGCAGACUCCGCCUGCAGUGGCACGGGGUCUCUGACGUCAGCUACUUCCAGCGCUUCAGCCAAUUCUGGGAGUUCAGCACAUUCGGCACAUUCGAUGCACUCCGCGCACUCGGGGCACUCAGCAAUAUCGACGUCCAGCAUGUACGAUGUUCCUCGAUCCAGAGCGCUGCCGCUACCGUGUGAUGCGGCUUUGGAAGCAUUAGAGCGAUUACAGGAGGAAGCAUCAGCGGCAGUUUCCCGUCUGCUCUCCUACGUGUGCCCCGGGUGGCGGCGGCGCGGCGCACUGCGGGCUCGCGCGCUCGACGUGCGUGUAGCGGGCGCGCGGCUGCGUGCGGCGUUGCACGACCUAGCUGUGUUCGCGGAUGCCACGCUGGCCAAUGCGCACGAUGCGCAAGACAAAGGUAUCGCAGUAAAAUUAAGGCCACUAGUGAAAGCGUUAAAGGACGCGGAGAGAAUAACCCACGAAGCCACCAGCGCGUUGGACGCAGGCGACUGGGCACCAGAGCGGCUGGAGAGAGACAGGGAGCCGACUGACGGGACACAAGAUGCUCUGGAUCAGCUGGUGGCCUGCGCCAGGUCACUGACUGAAGACGUGAGGAGGGCCGCUUCGUUCAUACAUGGAAACGCUUCGCUGCUGUUUAGGCGAGCAGUAACAGUCCCGGAGCACGAGUGGACGGAGGAGUACGACUACGUGCGCUUGGAGUCGCGGUCGGCGGUGGGCAGACGGAACGCGGAGAUCAGAGCCGCGCUGCCCGACAAGCUGCGCGCGUCGUUUGAUGCGCUGGUGCGGGAUGCUGAUCAUGCGGGAGAGGUCAGCGCAGUAGCAGCAGCCACAAGACUGCCGCCCGACGAUCGCCAGCUGGCAGCAUUUUACGCGGCGCAGACCGCCACUUAUGGGGCUCAUUUGUCAACCGCAGUCGAGGCCUUCCUCAAGACCAUAGAGAUGGGCCAACCUCCAGAUGUGUUCCUAGCGCACGGGAAAUUCGUCGUGUUGAGCGCGCACAGAAUAGUCCAUGUUGGAGAUACUGUUCAUAGGAGCGCCCAGCACGCUGGCUUAAAAACAAAAGUAUUACGGUGUUCCGACGCGCUGUCGGAAGCCUUAGCAGCAACAGUGGCGAAGACGAAGGCCGCCGCGCUACAGUUCCCGUGCGCUGUCGCCGCAGCAGAAAUGGCGUCCUCCGCACGGAACCUCGCAGCACGGGCGACAGAUCUUCGCCGAACUUUAGUCCAUGCUGCGGAACCACCCGAAGCGUUGAUGACCCCUGCUACAACGGUACCCCCGUCUUCAGCGCAUACCCCUUUAACGCCGUUGACCCCUAUGACCCCUCACGCACACAACGGCACGACGUCGCUGCCUGUACUAUAAAACUGUGAAUGUAACGAAUCAGUUAUUGUUGCUUAUUGUUGUUAAGCUAGGCUUGCUUGAGACAGUUAAUGAGACUGAGUUCUCGGUAGGUAUCCCUCAAGUUGAAAAUGAAAUUGAGGUGAUAUCUCUUUCCUUCUCAUUUAGAUCUAGCGUGGGACAGAGAUGGAAAACUGCCUCCGUCUACAAAAAACCAGUGCUACAAUUUUGUAAUGAUAGUGCAAGAUCAAGAUGCAAAAUAGAAUAAUCUAGUUCACUACUAUACAAAUAUAGAAAGUAGCCUGUGCUUGUUCGGUAUAGAUAACAAUCUAAAAUAGUUUAGGAUAAAAAAUGGAGUGAGACAAAGGCUAGGGUUCAAACGUAGCCUUUUACUAUUAGACGGCAUUUCCAUUUCGAAAUUUUGUACUUAAAUCAUAUUUUAAGCUAUUUAGGGAUUUGAAAAAUGUUUAUUCGUAUAAGUAUGGGACGUAUGGCAGGAAGGUCCCGAGAUUCAGGAGUUAGAACUUAUGUUGUGAUCUUACACAUGAAUUUCUUGAUUUAUGGCUACCAUUUUGACGGUUUAACUUUUAAAAAUAAAAUUUUGUCAUUUUGACAGUUCAGCUUUUUAAAUUUUAUAAAUGCAACUGUCAAAAUCAAAGUUGGUGGCCUACCUUGCCCAUAAAGUUAAUAUACGGUACCUAAUCUUGCCCUGUCGUUCCCUAAUGUGCAGGAAGCUUUUAGCUCCUAGACUCUAGAGGCCGGCCGGUUCAGAUUUAUUUUAAUUCGAAGUUUCUUUGAGAAUGAUCCUUAUGACUUUAGUAUCAAGGUUCUAUGUGAUGUAAAAUAAUUUUGGACGGGCUGUGCCUCAAUACUUCGCGGUAUUUGACCAAAGAAAACUGAUUGGAUCACAAACUGACACUUAAAUUGUUUAUUUUUUGCUGAGACUUCCAGUUGUUCAAAUUUUAAGCGUAGGUACUCAUUAUUAGUAUUGGACUUUUUUCCAUAUCAAUAUAUUAAUUUUGAGAACAAUAAAUUUUUGCACAUAUUUUAAAUAGCGCUCAAGUUAUAGCAUGAUUGAUGCUGUACCUGAUAUUAUGGCCUAACACUGCAGACAAAGCCAAUUUAGAAAUGUGUUCAUGUAUUUACAAACAAAUAUAUAUAAUACAAAUUCAGUUUCU